UAAGGUAGAGUUUGAAAAGGUGGGUUUUGAGUCUGCGUCAAAAUAGGGGAGGGAUUCUGCUGUUCUGACAGUGGUAGGCAAGUCAUUCCACCACUGAGGAACCAGAACGGAAAACAGGCGUGAACGUGCAGCUCGACCGCCAGGUGCACGUAGAGAGGGAACCGUAAGGCGACCAGAGCUGGCAGACCGGAGUGGUCUAGCUGGGGAGUAGGGAGUGAUCAAGGAACAGACAACAGUAACACAACUGGGUCAUCAGAAAAAAAGUAAGUGAGCAAGCUGAAUUUCUCUAUUUGCUUACAGAAAAAUAGGUGAAUUAUACUGCCAUCUUCUCAUUAGUUAAUCUUUCCUGAAGUCAAAUAUAAUGUUACAAUAGUGUUGGAUCAAACAGCAUUAUGUUGUGCAUUGCACUGCUGCCACACUAUUAGCUGAUUAGAAAAUCGCAUUAAUAAGUAGGUGUACAGGUUCCUAAUAAAGUGCUCAGUAAGUGUGUAUCCCAUUUAUUUCUUAUGAAUGACUUUCUUUAAUCUCUAAGAUUAGGAGAAUGUAAUGGAUAAAGUAAUUGUGCGUAUGAAUGGCAGAGUGCAUGGCCCGGCGUGUGGCUGUGAUUGGGGCCGGCUGCACUGGACUGGCCUCUAUCAAGUGCUGCCUGGAUGAGGGGCUGGAGCCGGUCUGCUUCGAGAGCAGUGCUGAGCUUGGAGGCCUGUGGAGGUACAAGGAGAGGGCGGAGCCAGGGCACUGCAGCAUCUACCGCUCUGUCGUCACCAACACCUCCAAGGAAAUGAUGUGCUUCAGCGACUUCCCCAUGCCAGACCACUACCCCAACUACCUGCACCACUCCCUGCUGCUGCAGUACCUGAGCUCAUACGCAGCGCACUUUGACCUCCUGCGCCACAUUCACUUCCAGACCACUGUCUGCAGCGUGGAGGAGGGGCCUGGAUUCUCCAACUCAGGACAGUGGGAAGUGCAGACUAAGAAUAGAAUGGGUGACACAGAGAGGCACAUCUUUGAUGCUGUGUUAGUGUGUACAGGACUUUAUACACGUCCUGUCCUGCCACUUAAAGACUUCCCUGGUGUGGAGAGUUUUGAGGGAAAGUGCUACCACAGCUGGGAGUACAAGGACCCAGAUGCUCUACGGGGUAAAAGGGUGGUGGUGGUAGGAAUCGGAAACUCAGGAGGGGACAUUGCUGUGGAGAUCAGCAGGGCAGCGCACAAGACUUUCCUCAGCACCCGGCAGGGGGCCUGGGUGAUCAGCCGCCUGUCUGACAGAGGGCUCCCGCUGGACAUGACCAUGAUCUCCCGGCUCCGCAGCUGGCUGGUAUCCCUGCUGCCCAGUGGCUUGGUACACUGGGCUGGGGAAAGGGAUCUGAACCAGAAAUAUGACCAUCGGCUCUAUGGCCUACAGGCCAAGCACAGACUUCUGGAAGGCAGGAUUCUGAUCAACGAUGAGCUUCCUGGACGCAUCCUCGUGGGGGCUGUGGUGAUGAAGCCUGACCUGCAGGAGCUCCGCGGCUCCAGCGUGGCGUUUGAGGACGGCACGGUGGAGGACCAGAUUGAUGCUCUGAUCUUCUGCACUGGCUAUGAAUACUCUUUCCCCUUUCUCCCUCCCACCCUCUGCCCUGGCCCAGAGCCAGAGCUAGUCCUCUAUCAGCACAUCUCCCCGCCCACCCUGGAACACCCGACCCUGGCUGUGCUGGGGCUGCUGAACACCAAAGGGCCCAUCAUACCUAUGGUGGAGAUGCAGGCUCGCUGGGCAACAAGAGUAUUUACAGGGCUGAUCCAACUUCCACCAAAAAACGCAAUGUUGACUAUGAUUGAGACCGAAAGAAAAAGACAAUUGAAAAGGGCUCACUGUCCCCGACUUGCUGCUGUCUUGGUGGAUUACAUCCCCUACAUGGAUGAGCUGGCGGGGCAGGUGGGGGCGCGGCCCAACAUCCUGGGCUUGCUGCUGAGGGACCCUUGCCUGGGUCUGAGAGUGCUCCUGGGCCCCUGCACUCCAUUCCAGUACCGCCUACGUGGGCCCGGGCGGUGGGCUGGGGCCCGCCGGGCCAUCCUCACACAGUGGGAGCGGGUGACGCGCCCGUUUAAAACCCGGCCAACACCAGAGCCCCCAUCCUCCACUCUGCCUCUGCUCACUGUCUCUGGGGCCUUCCUGCUGCUGGCUGCCCUCUACUCUCAGCGCAGAAGCCCACUGGUCCUGCCAGACCCCACAGGCCUCCUCAACACACUCCACUCUCUGCCUGGGAUCACGUGGAGGAUGUGCCCCUGUCUGAAAUGGAACUGAGUAUUCAACAUUAUUAUUAAUAAUAAUAAUAAUAAUAAUAAUAAUAAUAAUAAUAAUAAUAAUAAUAAUAAUAAUAAUAAUAAUAAUAAUAAUAAUAAUAAUAAUAAUAAAAGCGGCAUGGAUGGUGCAGUGGGUAGCACUGCCGCCUUACAGCAAGGAGGUCCUGGGUUCGAAUCCCCGUCGGGAUCUAUAUGUAUCUAUAUGUAAGUGGCUUAUAAUCAAUAUAUCACAUGUACGCUGCUUGUUAUCCAAUCAAAUGAACCUAGAACAUUAAUUAUAGCUGAGCUUAUGAAAACUCAAGAAACCACAGUGAAAACUGUUGAAAUGAGAGCAACGAAUGCAACGUACAUUUACUCAUAUUAAUAAUAUUCAUCAAAUGUUUAGUAUGUCUGUAUAUUAGAAAAGAAUAUUAGAAGAGAAUAUUAAUCAAAUGUUUAGUAUGUCUGUAUAUUUUCAAUGAUUUACUGCUGACAAGUUUGUGUUAGAAGUGCAUAAGUGACCCAUGUGUAAUCUAAAGUUGAGUAAAAUAAUUCAUAUGAAGUGGAAAGUACCAAAAAUGAUUAUUAUGCUGCGAAAAGUACCAAAAAUGAUCUAUAUGUCGUAGAAAGUUCCGGAAAGCACCAUAUAGUGAAUAGCACCGUGUUUUACAUGAUUCCUAUGUUAAUGAUUCCAUUUAUUUUUUAGGAAAUCAAUAGGGCGAUUCGCCACCAUGGUUUCAGAACCGAGAAGGUAGCGGUGCCAAGUCAGCUGAAGUUUUAGGAGGAG